AUGGCAAUCGAGAAUCGAGGCCCGGAGCUGCAAGCCGUCUGCUACACCCUCAUCACGGCAGCGACAAUCGCCAUUUCUCUGAGGGUCUAUGUGAGAACAUGCAUUGUCAAGAAUUUCGGCAUUGACGACUAUUUGAUGGUCUUUGCCUAUAUCUUCUUCUCUCUGUUUGUUAGCUUCGCAUUGGUUGGUGUUCAUUAUGGAACGGGCCGGCACCGCGCGGAUUUGGAUGCCGAGGACUUCAAACAAGCAAUGAUGUACUGGUGGUAUUGCUAUCUCUGGUACUGCCUUUCCAUGAUUACGUCCAAGAUCUCCAUCGGUUACUUCCUCCUUCGAAUCACAGUUCGGAGGAUCGACAUUUUCCUCGUGUACGGCACCAUGUGCAUCACCGUUCUGACCGGAGCCAUCUUCUUCUUCGUCACCUUGCUUCAGUGCCGGCCGAUAUCUUUCUUCUGGAACAGGGACCAAGAGGGGUCGUGCAUCAACGUUGAGGUCAUCAUUGCACUCACGUACCUGUACAGCGUGUUCAGUGUCAUCUCCGACUUUACUUGCGCCAUCCUUCCCAUGUUCUUGGUCUGGAAGUUGAAUAUGGACCGGAGGAGCAAGAUCGCCUUGAUCCCCAUCAUGGCGAUGGCGUGUGUCGCGAGCUCCGCCGUCGUGGUGCGAUUCCCCUUCGUCAAGGACUUUAGAAACCCCGACUUCCUUUGGGCUACUCUCGACAUCGCGCUCUGGUCCACUACGGAACAAGGCCUAGCCGUAACUGCGGGCAGCCUAGCCACCCUACGACCAUUGCUCCGCAUCCUUGCCGCAAAAUUUGGCACCCUGACCACGAACAAAUCCGGACUCCAAAGCUCAGACCAACUCGGAUCUGGGUACCGCGGCCAACCCAAGAGCGGAGGCAGCCAGCCUCGCAGCCGUGCUCCGUUCUCGCUGACAACAUUCAUGAGGGGCGACGACGACGCCUACCGAAUCGAAGACGAGGAGGAGUCCCGGUCCGGGAAGUUCAGGAAUGACCUCCACGACAAGUCUUGGACCCGAGAUGUCGUUUCCGAGUGGCCGAGCAGGGGAGGAGGUAGCGAUGAGGAACUCACGGGCCCAAGCAGAGAAACAAGGUCCAAGUCUAUCAAGGUGACUACCUCGAUCAGGCAGGAGGAGCACAAGAUAUGA